AUGCCUUUAUCUAAGGAUAUUGAAGACGCAAAAUUUAGUGGAGAAGAUGAAGAAGUUGUCAUGCUCGAUCCCUCCGAAACAGCCGAGGAAAUUACUACGGAGGGUGAUGUUGCUAUGGAUAGUGGCUCUGAGGAAGAUGGAAAUGAUGGCGACGAACAUAUCCAAGAAAUAUACCUUCAAAACGACUCCAGCGCAUACUUUGACAUGCACAAAGAUAGCAUCUUUUGUAUCGCUCAGAACCCUCUAUACCCAAAUCUCAUCGCAACCGGAGGAAGUGAAGGAGAUGACGCUGAGGGUAUAGGAUAUAUCUUUGAUGCAACCCCUGAUCUAUCCCCGGUGUUACCUGCAAGUUAUCUGAGUGCACCAAAUGAGACGCCCGAAAGAGCAGGGCUAUCACCUAUCUUUAAGCUGGAGGGACAUACGGAUUCCAUCAAUGCGCUAACAUUCACAAAACCCAAUGGUGACUUCUUGCUGAGUGCAGGUCUAGAUGGGAAAUUAAGGGCAUACGCGAUGAAAGAUAAAAGAUGGACUUUCAUUGGUGAGGCGCAAGAAGUAGAAGAAAUAAAUUGGCUAGCAGCCUGCCCGAAUCCAAAUUUUCCUGACACAGUUGCGAUGGGUGCAAGCGACGGGAGUGUAUGGGUAUUCUCAAUUGAUGCGAAGUCAAAAGAAGCACCACUAUGCAUAGUAUGCAGUUUUUUCUUACAUAUGGCAAGCUGCACGGCUGGAAGCUGGUCUCCCGAUGGAAAGUUACUUGCGACUGUAAGUGAGGAGGGUAGUUUAUAUGUGUGGGAUGUCUUUGGAGACGGAGCUGCAGCAGGUGUGACUCAAGGGGAUGGAGGAUCAUACGUUGUUGGCCUUACAGCGUCAGACCAGCGCUUUGCCAUAGAUGGAGGGCUCUUCAGUGUUGCUAUAUCACCAAACGGAACAUUUCUUGCUGCAGGUGGUGCAGGUGGCUCUAUUAAGAUUGUGAGCAUACCACGCUUGAGCUCUGAGACGUCAGCAACGGAAAAGCACGUCACCCAGCGAACUAAGAAUGCAAAAACGAUAGACGAAAAUUCAAAGUCUUCUCUAACGAUAGGACAAGCUGGGCAAAUACUGGCUGAUCUACAAGCUCAGACUGAUGGUGUUGAGACAUUGGCGUUUGCACCAUUACCGCUGACCUUAUUGGCUGCUGGCAGUGUCGAUGGUAGUAUCGUACUUUAUGACUCGGCCCAUCGAUUCGCUGUGCGAAAACAUAUCAAAAAUGCGCACGAUGAACAUAGUGUGGUCAAAGUAGACUUUGUGUCGCAGCCAGACAAUAAAUAUAUACUGACAAGCUGUGGUAUGGAUGGCGUUGUUCGAAGAUGGGAUUCUCGUGGCGGCAAUAGUGCGGCCAAUUCUGGACUUCUGCGGGAAUGGAAGGGUCACCGAGGCAAUGGCGAGGGCGGCGGAGUUCUUGAUUUUGUGCAAGGAGAUGGCACGAGAAUUGUGACGGCGGGUGAUGAUGGUAUCUCCCUGGUCUUUGAUGCGUCCAUGACAUGA